ACGGCCAGGAAUCGCGACUCUUGGAGAGUUGCGUUGCAGAGAAGAGAAACAGAAGAAAUUAGGGCUUCUAAGCGUGCGCGCGCGCUCUCUCUCUCUAUCUCUCUCUCUCCCCCUCUGGCACCAUUCUCCGCCACAAUUUCUAAGGUUUUCUCAAUUUGAAUGCGAAAUUUUAUAAUUUGAACUGGAAUUAGAUUGUAGUGAAGGCGGAAGAGGACGUAGCGGGAACGGGAAGCUUUGGGAAGUGAGGGGUUUGGAGUGGGAUUUGGAGUUCUAGGGUUUUGGAAACUGUUUAAUUUUGGAGGUGUAUCAGAGAUGGAGAAAUCUAGAAGGGAAGAUUCAGAUUUGAAGAAGAGUCACCGGGAUCGGGAUCGGAAUGGAGAGAGACACAGGGAGAGGGAGAGAGACAAGGAGAAGAAAGAGCACCGGGAGAGUCGGCGCUCGGAGAGAGAGAAGAGUAGUGAUGACAAGCAUAGGGAGAAGGAGAGGGAUAAGCACAGGGAUAAGCGGGACAAGGAACGAACAAGGAGCAGCCGGGAUGAUGAACGAGAUAGAGCGAGAGAAAGAACCAAGGACAGAGAAAAGGAGAGGGACAGGGACCAUGAAGGUCGAGAUGCUGAAAGAGAGAAGGAGAGAGAGAGGGAUAAGGAGAGCAGAGAGAGGGCAAGGGAGAAAGAACGUGAGGAUAGAGAGAGGGAGCGAGAACGAGAGAAGGAAAGAGAGAGGGAGAAGGCAAGGGAGAGGGAGAGGGAGAAGGAGAGGGAAAGAGAGAAGGAGAGGGAGAGAGAGAGAGAAAGAGAAAGAGAGAAGAGAGAUAGGGAGAGGGAAGAUAGAGAGAGAGAGAAGGAAAGAGAUAGAGAGAGGUUACGGGAAAGGGAAAAGCGUCGGGAGCCUGAUAGGAAUGAUAGUAGUGAUGGUGAUGAUGUCAGAGACCGUGAUAGAAAGCGGCGCAGGAGAGAUGAUGAUUACAAGGAUAGAGAGCGUGAUCGGAGUGGCAGGUCUAACAGGCACAGAGAUGAAGGUGAAGACAGCCCUAGAAAGAAGAGCGAUGAUGAUGAUUUGGAUAAGAAAGAGAGAAGAACUCGAGAAGAGGAUUUAGAGGAAGAACAACGGAAACUGGAUGAGGAAAUGGAAAAACGGAGGAGAAGAGUUCAGGAGUGGCAAGAAUUAAAGAGAAAGAGGGAAGAAUCUGAGAGAGAAAAGCUGGGAGAGGCUGCAAAUGCUGAUGAGCCCAAGUCUGGCAAGACCUGGACCCUAGAAGGAGAAUCUGAUGAUGAAGAUGUUGCCCCAACCGGCAAUUCUGAGACAGAUUUGAACAUGGAUGAAGAUGCCAAGCCCACUGAUAAUGAAGUUGGAGAUGGUAUGGCAAUAGAUUCUCAAAAUGGAACUUCUGCAUCCACUCUGCAGAAUGGGGAUGAAGGUGCUGAUGGAGAUGAGGAAAUUGAUCCAUUAGAUGCUUUCAUGAAUUCUAUGGUGUUGCCUGAAGUAGAGAAGCUAAACAAUGCUGCAGUUUCUCCAACUAGCAAUGCUGUGGUUCCCAGUGAAGAUUCUGAUUCAGACUAUGGUGACCUUGAAAACAAUGAAGAUCCUUUGGAGGAAGAAGAUGAUGAUGAGUUCAUGAAAAGGGUGAAAAAGACAAAGGCUGAGAGACUAUCAAUUGUUGACCACUCAAAAAUAGAUUAUAAACCAUUCCGGAAAAAUUUCUAUAUUGAAGUAAAGGAGAGUGCAAGGAUGACUCCUGAAGAGAUUGCUGCUUACAGGAAACAGUUGGAAUUGAAGAUACAUGGCAAGGAUGUGCCAAAGCCAGUGAAAACCUGGCACCAGACCGGGCUGACAACUAAAAUCUUAGACACCAUAAAAAAGCUUAACUAUGAAAGACCAAUGCCAAUUCAAGCUCAGGCACUUCCAAUAAUUAUGAGUGGUCGAGACUGCAUAGGUAUUGCAAAGACUGGCUCUGGUAAAACCCUAGCAUUUGUGUUGCCAAUGUUGAGGCAUAUCAAGGACCAGCCACCUGUGAUGCCUGGAGAUGGGCCUAUUGGCCUUAUAAUGGCACCUACAAGGGAGCUUGUCCAGCAGAUCCAUAGUGACAUCAAGAAGUUUGCCAAAGUAGUGGGUAUUAGCUGUGUGCCUGUGUAUGGGGGUUCUGGUGUUGCACAACAAAUUAGUGAAUUAAAGCGGGGGGCUGAGGUUGUUGUCUGCACUCCAGGGAGAAUGAUUGAUAUACUUUGUACAAGUGGCGGAAAAAUUACAAAUUUGCGUAGGGUGACAUAUUUGGUCAUGGAUGAAGCUGAUCGAAUGUUCGACAUGGGUUUUGAACCUCAGAUCACUAGAAUUGUUCAAAAUACUCGACCUGACCGUCAAACUGUGCUAUUCUCUGCCACUUUCCCUCGUCAGGUUGAAAUUUUGGCCCGUAGAGUGUUGAACAAACCUGUGGAAAUACAGGUUGGUGGGAGAAGUGUUGUGAAUAAGGACAUAAGCCAGUUGGUCGAGGUGAGACCUGAAAGUGAAAGGUUCUUCAGACUGUUAGAACUACUAGGAGAAUGGUAUGAAAAAGGAAAAAUUUUGAUAUUUGUUCACUCGCAGGAAAAAUGUGAUUCUCUGUUCAGGGAUUUGCUUAAGCAUGGUUAUCCUUGCCUCUCACUUCAUGGAGCUAAGGAUCAGACAGACCGUGAAUCCACCAUUUCUGAUUUCAAGAGUAAUGUAUGCAAUUUGUUGAUUGCAACAAGUGUUGCUGCCAGGGGUUUAGAUGUGAAGGAGUUAGAGUUGGUAAUUAAUUUUGAUGUUCCAAACCAUUAUGAAGACUAUGUUCAUCGUGUUGGUCGGACAGGUAGAGCUGGCCGGAAAGGCUCUGCUAUCACAUUUAUCUCUGAUGACGAUGCAAGAUAUGCACCAGAUCUAGUGAAAGCCUUGGAGCUCUCUGAGCAAGUUGUUCCUGAUGACCUGAAAGCUCUUGCGGAUGGUUUUAUGGCAAAAGUGAAUCAGGGACUUGAGCAAGCCCAUGGGACUGGGUAUGGUGGAAGUGGUUUUAAAUUUAAUGAAGAGGAGGAUGAAGUCAGGAGAGCAGCAAAGAAAGCUCAGGCAAAAGAAUAUGGCUUUGAGGAAGACAAGUCAGACUCAGAUGAUGAAGAUGAAGGGGUCCGAAAGGCAGGUGGUGACAUCUCACAGCAAGCUGCCCUUGCUCAAAUAGCUGCUAUUGCUGCUGCCUCCAAAGUUGGUUCCGUUUCAAUGCCAAGCACUGUUCCAGCUUCUCAACUGCUUCCAAAUGGUGGGCUCCCUGUAUCUCUGUCAGGUGUCCUUGGUUUGACAAUGCCAGGCACUGUAGCAGCAGCUGUGCCGGGGUCUGUGCUGCCAAUGACCCCUAAUGAUGGGGCAGCUCGGGCAGCAGCCUUGGCUGCUGCCAUCAACUUGCAACACAACCUUGCAAAGAUUCAAGCUGAUGCAAUGCCUGAACAUUAUGAAGCUGAGUUGGAGAUUAAUGAUUUCCCCCAGAAUGCUAGAUGGAGGGUGACCCACAAAGAUACUUUGAUUCCAAUUUCAGAAUGGACCGGAGCUGCCAUUACCACAAGGGGGCAGUACUAUACAACAGGUAAGGUCCCAGGACCAGGAGAGCGCAAGCUCUACUUGUUCAUUGAGGGCCCUACUGAACAAUCUGUCAAGAGAGCAAAAGCAGAACUAAAACGUGUCUUGGAGGACUUCACAAUUCAGGCUAUUUCAAAUCCUAGUGCAGUCCAACCAGGCAAAUACUCUGUUGUGAAAUAACUCUGUUCUGGUAAAAUGCAUUAUAUCGUUUGCCACAUGGGAUUUGGGUUGACUCUCCUGCCUCUGAUGUAUCAUUAGUUGCUUGGUUGUACUUGAUUUCUUAUACCUUAGAAGCCCAUUUUAUUGUUGAAUCUGGUUGGCUAUUUAGUUUGGCUGCAUAUGAAUUUUUAUGAUGAGCUUAAUUGAACUUAUAUGAGAUACGUAGUAUUACAUAUAAAAAUAAAUUGUAAUGCAUGACAUUUUCCCCCUUGGAAGUGUUGAUUAUGCGCACAUUA